AUGGGGAGGUCAGGAGCACUCUGGGUUUGGUCUUUGGGGACGAGCGUGCAGUUGUUCCUUCCCCUCGUCCUCUGUGUCACCUGCAUCCAUGGUCUUUCUCCACCACAGCCACGAGUCCUCCUGUCAUUUCAAGAAUUACAGAAAACCCAGUCCUUUGAGCACUACACUUUGUCUGAGAAGGCCAUGGACUACAGGAUUCUUUUCAUGGAUGAGGAUCAGGACCGCAUGUACGUGGGCUGCAAGGACCAUGUUCUCUCGAUGGACAUCAAUAACAUCAGCCAGACCACGCUGAAGAUCUUCUGGCCGGCAUCCACCAGUAAGGUCGAGGAGUGUCAGAUGGCUGGCAAAGACCCCACACAUGGAUGUGGAAACUUCUUACGAGUGAUCCAGCCUUAUAACAGGACGCAUCUGUUCAUCUGCGGCAGUGGAGCCUACAGCCCAGUGUGUUCAUAUGUUAACCGUGGCAGGCGUCCUGAGGAGCAAGUGUUUCAAAUCUCCUCCCGAGCCGAAUCAGGGAAAGGGAGGUGCUCCUUCAACCCACAAGUCAACACCGUCUCAGUCAUGCUCAAUCAGGAGCUGUUCUCUGGCAUGUACAUCGACUUUAUGGGCACAGACGCUGCCAUUUUCAGGAGCCUGACCACAAGGAACGCAGUGAGGACGGACCAACAUAACUCCAAAUGGCUGAGCGAGCCGGUGUUCAUUGAUGCCCACUUGAUUCCUGACGGCUCAGACCCAAACGACGCCAAACUUUACUUUUUCCUGCGCGAGAGACUGACAGACAGUAGUGGAAACACUAAGAACAUUCACACUAUGGUGGCUCGAGUGUGCCCUAAUGACACUGGUGGUCAACGCAGUCUGGUGAACAAAUGGACCACUUUUCUGAAGGCUCGGAUGGUAUGUUCGGUUCUAGAGGAAGAUGGUACCGAGACCCAUUUUGAUGAGCUUGAGAAUGUGUUUUUAUUGGAGACGGACCACCCAAAGGGCCUUCUCAUCUUUGGAGUCUUCACCUCUACAAGCUCUGUGUUCAGAGGUUCUGCUGUCUGUGUUUACAACAUGGCCGACAUCCUGACGGUCUUCAACGGACCGUUUGCACACAGGGAAGGGCCCAACUUCCAGUGGGUGGCUUUCCAGGGCCGGAUCCCUUACCCACGACCGGGAACUUGUCCUGGUGGCGCAUUCACCCCUCACAUCCAGAGUACUAAAGAGUUUCCAGAUGAUGUGGUGACGUUCGUGAGGAAUCACCCCGUCAUGUUUAACCCCAUUUAUCCGGUCGGCAGGAAACCUCUAGUAGUGCGGACACAUGCCGAUUACAAAUACACCUCUAUAGCUGUGGACCAGGUCACCGCUGCAGACGGACACUAUCAGGUUCUAUUCCUGGGCACAGAUAAAGGCACGGUACAGAAGGUUGUGGUCCUGCCGUCAAACGGCUCUCUGGAUGAGGAUCUAAUCCUGGAGGAGCUGGAAGUGUUUAAGAAGCAGUCUCCUAUCACCAACCUAAGAAUCUCUUCUAAAAAGCAACAGCUGUAUGUUAGCUCUGAGCAUGGAGUGUCCCAGGUGUCCUUGCACCGCUGCAACGCGUACGGCUCUGCCUGCGCGGACUGCUGUUUAGCGCGGGACCCGUACUGCGCCUGGGAUGGCCUCAGCUGUUCUCGAUUCUACCCCACUGGCAAGAGGAGAAGCAGAAGGCAGGAUAUUAUGCAUGGGAAUCCACUGACUCAGUGCAGAGGGUUCAAUCUGAAAGCCUACAGGAAUGCAGUGGAGAUGACUCAGUAUGGAGUCAAAAACAACACCACCUUCCUAGAGUGUCAGCCCAAAUCUCCUCAGGCCUCGGUUAAAUGGCUCAUUCAGAGAGACAACGAUCGCAGGAAAGAGGUGAAGCUGAGCGAUCGUGUGGUGUCCACCAAUCACGGUUUGCUCAUCCGUUCGGUGCAUUCUUCAGACCAGGGCCUGUACUACUGCCUGGCAACAGAGAAUGGCUUCAAGCGCACUCUGGCUAAGAUCCGUCUCCAGGUGCUGAGCGAGGCUCUGGUCAGCGCCCUGAGCAAUAAACAGCAGUCACCCUGGGGCUGGGCAGCCACACUGCACCCUAAAGCCCUGGUGUCGGCCUUCAGCCCGGCUGAGGCGUUGGCCAUGCACCAAUACUGCAAGGAACGCAAACAGAUGCAGAGUCUGCAGAACAUACAGAGCCCCAUGAGAGGCGAUCUGGGCAAACUCAAACCCCUGCUGGACCACAGGAAGAGCAGGAACCGCCGGAACCACUUACUAGAGGAAUAGAGGUGGAACAUAAUGGAAGGAGAUGGAUGUAGAGAUGAUGAAAAGGAAUAAAGACAUGCAUCAGGAGAGAACUCGAAUGGAAAAUAAAGGAGGAGAAUGUUGGAGAAGAUUCCUCUGAUAUGAACCUCAACUGUUUUUUGGUUUUUUUCUUCAAGCUCAAAGCAUCUCAGGUGCUUCCUGUACAGCAGUCUUAUAUACAUGAGGAACGGCCGGAGCAGAAGAUUCUGAGAAAUCACAUGCACUCAAGCUAAUCUGUGUUUCAUGCUACAUAAUACAAGAUGCCAUAUGUCAUAUAUUAGUGCUGUUGUCAUUUAAUGAGGGUGUAACAUUUCAGAACAAACCAGAAGGUAACGCAAAGUCCUUUAAGUCCCAGCAAAAUAGCUUGACAACACAUUUUUUUCUUGCACAUUUUCUUUUGAAACAGGAAGUUGGGGUGGGCUCAUUCUUUUUUAUAGCCAGUAUCUUUAGUUUACAUCACAGUCAUGAAUCUUUUUUUGCUCUUUGCUAAUGCUAGCCAAAGACAGGUGAUAUUAACAAAAGGGACAUUCUCAUUCUUAAGAGCAUUUGAUUGGACGAAAUUUGCAUACACUCCUGAGUGCAAGAUGAGUCAUCAAUAUUUUUGGUUUGUUUACCGAAAGAGAAAGACUGUAAAUUUUAAAUGUACAUAUGCGUCAAAGGUUUAUAAUGUCAAAUUUUAGGAGUACACUAGCUUUGGCAUUAGCCUCAAAGCUAAAAGACAUGGACUAAUACCCAAAAAAAUUGAGUUUUGGUUUCUAGUACUACACAUCUGAUAACAUUUGAUCAGAUAUGGAUCAUGAGAUUUUCGUAAACUAGCAUUACUCUCUAAGCCAACAGAAACUGAUUAAAAGCUACAUUUCAAUUUGGAUUUCUAGGUACUUAUAGCUGCUAAAAGUUGUUAACUUUUAGGAGCACACAAACAUUAGCAUUAGCUUCUAAGCUAAAAGUAAUGGACUAGAAGCAACAUAAUGUCAUGAGAAUAUGAAAGCGGUAUUAACUUUUAGGUACACGCCAAUAUUUGCAACAGAAAUGGACUAAAGGUCACAAUUUUCAUUUCGACUUGGAUUUCUUGGUACAUAGAACAUAUUCUUGGUACUUUAGGAGCACACAAGCAUUCACAUCAACUUUUAAGCUAAGACUAAUGUAAUAUAUCAUGGUUUCGAUAUCAUAUAUGACAUGUUUGGGGCAAGAAAUUUGACUUUUUCGUAGAAAAUUUUCUUUAAAUGGAACACAUAUUUCUCUUCUACUACCUACAAGUCUUCAAUACCUCAAACUAAACUACAAGGCUACAUUAAAUAUGUACAGUAGUCUUUAUGAAUGGCCUUCCCCACAUAGAUAUGAUAACUGUCAGGUAAUUUUGUGGAUUAGAGCUCAUCUCAAAUAUAGUAAAAGCUUGUUUCUAGCAAAUUAAUUGUUUAUCGUCACUGAAUGGAUCAUGAGAAUCGUUCUUGGACGCACAGACCAAAGUACACCAGCCCAACUGCACCACAGAUGUUCAUAUGGGAAUAAAAGAUGGUUUGGAGACAUUUCAAACUGUACCAGACAGGUGGCUCUCUGAGCCCAUAAAACUGUAAAGAGUGUUGUGUGUUUGCCCAGUGUUGUGCUUUGAGAAACAUCAUUAAUCCAAAAUACAUAACUUCUUCCUUAUGGAUCAUUCACCGAAAAAAAAAAAAAAAAAAAAAAAAGUUUCGUCAUCAUUUACUCACCCUCAUGACCUUCCAAACACGCAGGACUUGACAGUAACUGGUCAUGCUUUGGAAAAGAGCAGCGUGAACAUUCUUCAAAAUAUCUCCUUUUGUCUUUCCUGAAAGAAGGAAUGACAUAUGGGUAAAAUAUGUCCAUUUUUUCUUUUCUUUAAUUUAUUUCUUUUCUUUAAUUUAGUGUAUGUGCAACUUUUCCUCUUAUUAAAAUGGUAUGCUAAACCACAAUGAAAUAGUUUACAGACCCAUUGACACCAGGGACAAUAACUAUAAUGAUAACCAUAAAGAUAUUGUUCUAAAUGUAAAGGAAUAGCACUUCAACCAUAACAAUAAUGGCACAGAGAAACAAUAUUGUUGGAAUCACUUUCAGAAUAAAUUUUUUCAGUUAAUGAAUGAUAAAAAUGAAAAUUACCCCAAGCUUUAAUUCCAUAGUGUUUAAAACAUGUAAGGAUAGGCCCUAUGAGGCAUGUGAUCAUGCAUGUUGUUUCAUUGUUAUACAGGCACAUGUUUGAUGAUGUUGGGAAUGAAUGUCAUGUUAAUAUAUUCUGGUUUGCUCAGUGUGAACAGCUGUAAUGUGAUUGUCACUCAUUUUAGAUGACGUAUAGCAUUGUACAGCUUACAAUUUUUAAUUGAUGUCCGUGUAACUUGUGUUUUUGUAUUUUGAAUGUCUGUCAAAAGUUUAAAAGCUCAGCUCUAAAAAAAAAAAAAAAAAAAAAAAGAUGAGAAACUUCAAUUUCACAAUUGAUUUCCGUAUGGCUAUUAGAUACAUUUCAUUCACAUUUAAAGGGGUUUUUAUUUUCUCUGAAAUGCCUGAAUUGUUUUUUUAUGCCAAAAUUCUUUAGAUGUUUUUGACUGAAUCUGCAUUUCGCAGAAGUUUCAAGGUUUUUGUUUUUCUGUGGCAUUGUGUGCCCUCUCUAAAUGACAUUUGGAGUAACAAUAUAAUAACGUUUUAGUAUUAUUACUAUAGAAAAUAUGCUGUAUUCCCUGUGAAUGUUAAUGAUAAUUUUAUUUUAUUAAAUGUCUUGAUUCGUGUAUUCCUAUUUAUUAAUGAUAAAAGACUGAACAACUGCAUUAAACACCUUCAACAUCA